ACGCUGUUUCCGUCGCUGUCGGUAGUGCGUCGCCGCGCAGCGGUGCGGCUGAAGGCCAAGGAAGAUAUGAACUGCGUGGCGCGGCUUUAGCGUCGAACAUGUCGACCGGAGUGGGAAAACACAAAAUGCUGUCCCUCGGACCGACGGAGCCGUGGUCCGUACGGGAGAAACUGUGCCUUGCAUCCUCCGUGAUGAGAAGUGGGGAUCAAAAUUGGGUGUCAGUCAGCAGAGCCAUCAAGCCGUUUUCUGAGCCAGGACGGCCUCCAGACUGGUUCUCUCAAAAGCACUGCGCCUCACAGUAUUCAGAGCUGUUGGAGACCACAGAGGCUCCUAAACGGAAGCGUGGUGAAAAAGGGGAGGUGGUCGAGACCAUUGAAGAUGUGAUCGUGCGCAGGCUGACUGCAGAGAGGAUCGACGAGCUCAAGAAACUCCUCAAAGACACACAGGAGCAAUACAGAAAACUGAAGAAGGAGAUGGAUUUGAUUCAGACAGGACACAUGGACUCCAAAUUGGAGGAGCUAUGGGGGGAGAUUGAACAAAAGAAGAAGCAGGAGGAGGAAGAGGCUGAGCAGAAGAGAAAAGCAACAGAGGCAGCCUAUCUGGCACGGCAGGCAGCUAAAAACACGCCGAAGAGGCUUCCUAGUGUCACUGUCCGCUCCCCACUGGGGGCCAGUUCACCCAGCAUGGACCUCCCACAUCCUGAUACUCCUCAGCCAAUGGCGGAGGAGUCCUGUCCCAGUCCUGUGACUCAAGGAGUGGCCGUGUUCAUGCCGGUGUCUGAGCCAGCCGGCCCGGGGCCUAAAGAGGGAAGCCUGGGUGCUCUGGUAGACGAAUCCCCACAAAAGAAGCUCCUGAAUCAGAAGGCCACGCCACCACCAUCCCCUUUGCUUUCUGAGCUGCUGAAGAAAGGCAACCUCCUAUCUGCCAGCCCCAGACUGGUGGUGGAGGGUGAGGUGGCUACAGCUCUCAGUAAUGGCGCUCACAGUGUGGAGGUUCAUGCGCCCGCAGCAUCUCUUCCUUCUGGCCAUGACGUCUCUACAGAUGCGCCCACAUUAUCCCGUCUGUUGGAGAGCGCACCCCCAGUCCAGAUGCCAGCCAGCGCUGAGCCCCUUAAUCCCCCCACUGUAGCCCCCCCUGCUCCAGGACACCACUUUAUACCCGGCACAGAAGCAGCAGUAGCAGAGUGUUCUGGUCCAGAGGCAGUGCUGGCGGUGCAGUCCGGCCCAGAGCAGACGGAGGGGAGAGAGGGAGAGCUGGUGGAGGACCUGGUGGCCGUGUCUUAUAUGGGGGAUGAGCUGGACCUGGAGACAGUGGGAGAUAUUAUAGCUAUUAUUGAAGAGAAGGUGGACGAAUCAGUUGAGGUGUUGGAUGCAGCAGCAGUGGAAGCUGCUCUCUCUCUGUGUGAGGAAGCCGUAGCGGGGGGCCAUGCUCUUUCUGGCCCCUGGGAGCACCAGGCCUUUAAACCAGUCGAUCCAGAGCCCAGCGUCCAGCCCAGGGUAACUGCUGGAGCCCCAGUAAGUUUGCCCAUGCCUGAGGCUCAGGAGGCAGAGCCAGCUGUGCCGUUACAGGAGGUGGGGGAGGCCAGGGGACCCGAGGCAGCGCUGGGGGACUCCAUACCUGCAGCCCCACCAGAAACAGGACAAGCACAGGGGUCUGAACUACAAGGGGCUGAACAGAAAGAAGCAGAGGAAAGUAGAGGGAGAGAGGAGGAACAAACAGAGAACAGAACACCCAGCCCCUCGCUGAAGGCUGAGAGUGAGGAGUGGGCGCAGCCCGAGGCUGAAACUCCCUGCCUCGAUUCAGAGGACAGCUCAGCGUCUGGAAGAGACCCAAAGGAAGUAAAAGAAGAGGAUGGAGGGAGCGAGGUAGAUGCAGAUGAAGGAAUGGAGAUGAAAGAGUGUGGAGAGGGGCCAUAUCUCUCUGAAGUGGAUCCUCCAGCCAGUGAAAGUGAGGAUGGGUAUGGCACCAACUCUCAAAGAUAUACUACUGCAGACUCUACUGCCAGCAGCCCGGCCUCCUCCCAGUUCUCAAUAUGCAGUGAAGAUCAGGAGGCUUUGCAGGCUCAAAAGAUCUGGAAAAAAGCCAUCAUGCUGGUGUGGCGAGCAGCAGCCAACCACAGGUACGCAAGUGUAUUUCUGCAGCCUGUCUCUGAUGACAUCGCUCCUGGUUACCACAGCAUCGUACACAGGCCCAUGGACCUAUCAGCAAUCAAGAAGAACAUCGAGACAGGGCAGAUCCGCACGACGGCUGAAUUCCAGCGGGACAUCAUGCUGAUGUUCCAGAAUGCAAUAAUGUACAACAGCUCAGACCAUGACGUCUACCACAUGGCUCUGGAGAUGCAGCGAGAUGUCCUGGAGCAGAUCCAGCAGUUCCUGGCCACCCAACUCAUCAUGCAGACUUCAGAGUCCGGCAUCAGCGCCAAGAGCCUGCGAGGACGGGAGGCAAACCGCAAGCAGGACCCCAACGACAAGACCCUGAGCCCAGCAAACAAAGAUGCACAUUUAGAGCCAGAACCAGCUGCCAUGCCCAGAAGGAAAAGAAACAACUCCAAACAAGAUACUAACGAAAAGGACAGUCUCCCCAUGGCCUCUCCUGCUUUCCUUCUCUCUCUUUUUGAUGGAGGCACCAGGGGGCGCCGCAGUGCAAUAGAGGCUGACAUGAAGAUGAAGAAAUGAAGAGAUGAAAAGUUGUGUAAAA